AUGGUGCCCGCAACGCUUGUGGUAUUUGCACUUCUUACCGCCGUAUGGGUGGUACGAAAAGCCCGCCAGUACUUUGCACUCAAGGACUUCGGCGGCCACUGGUCGGCGGGCUGGUCGCGGCUGUGGCUGCUGAAGACCCAAAGCAGCGGUGAGAUGAACAAAAGGUUCACCGACAUCAACAGAACAUAUGGAUCCACCGCCCGUAUCGGCCCCGGCAUGCUCAUCACGUCAGACCCAGAUCUCAUGCGUCGUAUGAAUGCAGUCCGCUCUACUUUCACCAGAGGUCCAUGGUACGCAGCACUCAAGCUCCACCCUGAGCGCGACAACAUUACUUCCUACAUCGACGAACGCAAACAUGCCGACAUUCGAGCGCGAAUGGCGCCAGGCUAUUCCGGCAAGGAGAAUCAUCACUUGGAACAAGAAGUCGACGAGAAGCUCUUACAGAUGCACGAGCUCAUCCGCGAAAAGUACCUCAACAGACCAGAAGAAGGCGUUUUCCGCAUCCUCGAUCUUGGAAGAGUAACUUCGUUCUUCACACUCGACGUGAUCUCGAAGAUCGCGUUCGGCGAACCAUUUGGCUUUCUCGAUCAAGACGAGGACCCCUUUGGCUAUCUCGCAAACCUUGCGCAAUUCUUGCCUGCAAUCAUCGUCUUUGGCGUGUACACUGAAUUGACUAAUAUUUUGAAAGUGCCCAUCCUGAAGUCUGCAUUGCCCAAGUCCACGGACAAGCGUGGACUUGGACGGGUUAUGGGCUUUGCCGCAGAGCGUGUUCGAGAGCGCUUCGGCAAUAAGCCUGUCGUGCGUCGCGACAUGCUAGGCUCAUUCAUCAGCAAAGGCCUCACUCAAGGGGAACUGGAGAGCGAGACAUUGACACAGAUCACUGCCGGCUCCGACAGCACUGCUUCCUCUCUACGCUUGACACUACACUUUAUCUCAACAAGUCCACCGAUCCUCGAGAGAGUGCUAGACGAAACGAAGGCCGGCAUCGAAGCCGGCCGCAUUACUCGUCCCAUCAUCAAGGACUCCGAAGCACGACAGCUCCCAUAUCUGCAAGCCUGCAUCAAAGAGGGUCUCAGAAUGUAUCCCCCAGUCACCGGUCUCCUCGCGAAACGAGUACCAGAUGGUGGCGCAAACAUUGAGGUAGACGGCGUGGAGAAGUACGCACCGGGCGGGACACAGAUAGGCUGGAACAGCUGGGGCAUGAUGCGACACGAGAGCAUCUUCGGCCCAGAUGUCGAAAUCUAUAGACCCGAGCGAUGGUUGCCUCGCAACUCGAGCGAGAAGGAGCGCGACCGCAUCGGCAGAAUGACCGAGACGGUGUCGUUGUGCUUUGGCUACGGAAGGUUCGGGUGCCUGGGACAUGGCGUGGCCACGAUGGAAUUGAACAAGGCGAUCAUCGAGACUCUACUACGCUUCAACCUGCAGCCGUGUAGCCUUGCGAAGCCAUUCGACGAGAUGGUCGUUGGAUUCUACGUCCACCAGAACAUGAACUUCGUAGUCUCGGAGCGUAGGGAGAACGCUGGCAUAGAUGGUCUACUCGAUCAUGCUUCGAGUAUGGAUGCUGGUGCGAUAGCUGGCGCCCAAGAAGACUAA